GCCCUCCACAGCCUGGCAGGCUCUGCCCAGACAAACACUGACUCAUGCUGUUAUUCUGUCCCACCCUGGGCACAGACGGAGUUUUUAAGGCUGCCUUUUCCAGCUAUUCCUGGUUUUUUUCCCUGUUCACAUGGGCUGGGAACGGAGCCUUAGCUGGUAUGCAGGGAGCAGCCAGGGGUGCCGAAGGCGGACGGGAAUGGGGGUGUUGGAAGAGCAAGGAGCCGAGGGCUGCUCCAUGGAAGUGAAACUGGGAUGCAUCUGAAUGCCAUGGAAACAGCUCUGUCCCUAAACCUGCGUGGAGGGAGCUGCCUGCGUGCUGUGGGACACUGAGGUGCUGCCUAUCCCCGGAUCCCACCAGGAAUCUGCUGUGCUAGAGAGGAGAGCAGAAACACAGAGCAGCAUCACCAGGACUGUUCAGAUAAUGGCGCUUUCCAAUCUGUCCAACUACUUGGAUGAUGUGGAUAACUACAGUGAUUACCCGGAUUACACCUAUGAGGAGACAACCAGCAGCGUGUGGACAGACCCAGCCCACGACCCAAAGGACAUUGCAAGGAUCCUCUCUGUCAUCAUCUAUAGCGUGUCCUGUGUGUUGGGCAUCCUGGGGAACGGCCUCGUCAUUGCCAUCAUAACGCUGAAGAUGAAGAAGUCGGUCAAUGCCAUCUGGUUCCUCAACCUGGCCGUUGCUGACUUCCUCUUCAACAUCUUCCUGCCCAUAAACAUUGCUUACACCGCCAUGAGGUACAACUGGAUCUUCGGGACAGUCAUGUGCAAGCUGAACUCCUUCCUCCUCAUCCUCAACAUGUACACCAGUGUCCUUCUGCUCACCACCAUCAGCUUCGAUCGCUACGUGUCAGUGGUUUUUCCUGUCUGGUCUCAAAACCAUCGGUCAACCAACUUAGCCUAUUUAGUUUGCCUGAUCAUCUGGACCAUCGGCAUCAUUAUGAGCUGCCCGUCUCUUGUCUUCCGAGACACUGCACAAGCCCGUAACUCCGUGAUCUGUUUCAGCAACUUUUCCCUCUCCAGGAAUAAAUCUUACCAAGCCCUGGCCCUGAUGAGACACCGAACAGUGAACAUCACCAGGUUCCUGGCCGGGUACAUCCUCCCCAUAACCAUCAUCACGUUCUGCUACAUCGCCAUCGCCUUCAACUUGCGCCGGAACCGCCUCGCCAAGUCCAAAAAGCCCUUCAAGAUCAUUGUCACCAUCAUAGUCACCUUCUUCCUGUGCUGGAGUCCCUAUCACCUCCUGAACCUCCUGGAAACGGAGCCCGAUGUGGUCCCGCGCUCCGUGUUCGAGAUCAGCAUCCCCAUAACCACAGCGCUCGCUGCCUCCAACAGCUGCAUGAAUCCUGUUCUCUAUGUCUUCAUGGGCCAGGACUUCAAGAAGUUUAAGGUCACCAUCCUUUCCAGGCUGGUGAAUGCCCUCAGCGAGGAGACAGGACACUCCAGCAUCGUGCACAGGAGCUUCUCCAAGAUGUCCUCAAUGACUGAGAAGGAGACAACAGUCCUCUAAGCUCGACCUCUGCUGUUGCCCAUGCUCAUCACUGUGAUGGUGGCCACCCUUGCCAUGGCUCCUUGUCUGGGACAGGCAUGGUCCAGCGCUGCCCUGUUGUGUAUUCUUUGACUGGUCUUGCUGCCCUGGGGCUGGCAGGGGUUGGAACUGCCACCUUGUGUACAUGGGGAAGAUACAACUGCCCUUCGUCUUCCAUGGCAAUUGCAAAGAUCAUUGCACCAAACUACUUAGGAGAACAUUCCAGGGCAUUCCUGUCUAAUCUAUGCAUUGCCUGGCCUGGCAAAGGCAUUCCUGCCACUUCCAGACACAUUCCUAAUGGGAGAUUGGGCAGAGGAUGUGGUGGCUGGGUGGGAAUCCACCAUGGAUGAUACUUGUUAAGGCAAAAUGUGACACUCUUCCUAUGUCCUAUGUAUGCAUAUAGCUACUUAUGUUAAAGCCCUAAAGUGUAUUGGUACUAUCACAGCGGUGAGCACUUUGUACCCAGAGAGACCCUGGGAAGUGCCUUCAUAGGAGGGAUUUGAAUAUCCCAACCAGGAGAUCCUGGAUGUCAGAUGUGAUCCAGACCCCCAGCCUGGCUCCACUGAUGGCUGCUCCCUGGUGUCAGUCAGUCCUAUGGGAUGAGUUUGUCCUUCCCAACCAGGCAGCAAGCCUAUCUCUGCUGCUGCACACAAAUCUCUGUGCUGAGGGAUGGACGGAACCACUGCCUCCAUCCAAUUUCAUGCACAGUUAAGCUGGGAGAUCCUGCACCAUUUGGCCUUCUUGACCGUGACACUGGUGUCACGCUUAUCGAGGUGCUGGUUUCUCCAUGUCACCCACAGCCUCAUUCCCAGGAAAGCAAGGAAUGAUGGAAUCCUCCCCCUGCACUGGGGGAGGCUUGGCACCAGGGACAUUUCAGGGGGUUCCUGAGUGUCCCAGCCCCAGCGAUGCUUUGUGCAGGGGCUGCCAUGGGGGCAGUUGAGAGCUGGUCACAAAGGCUGAGCCAUUUAUUGAUGCCUUAUUCAAAAGGUGCAGAAAAAACAGCUUUUUGAAAGCUAUUUGCAAAUAGAAAAUGAAGCGAAGGAGCAAAAGGCACAGAGCUAUUUCCAGGCUCCCAGCAGCAGCUCGUGCCAGACACUGAUACAAACCCAAUGGGAAUGCUGUGGAUAACAGCGGAUGCUGCAGCAGGAGCUGGAUUUGGGGUAGAUUAUCAGGCAUCCCAUCCACCCCCUGCACUGCCUCAUGCAUCUGCCUUCACCUGCAUCACCUCAUUAACAUCAGUGUGAUGGGGAGAGGGGAGCACCUGCAUCACAUGAAGCUGUUGCUCCUCUCCCAUUACACUGCAGCAUCCCUGGGACAGGGAUGUGAUGGAUCCACUGCGUUUGGCUGCAGUUUUGGUGCUGCUGAUGUUGUGUGCUUGGAUGUGUUUGUCCUCAGUGACAGAGGAUGCUGAGAAGUGGGGUGCAGGGAGUUUAUCCUGAAAAUAAAGGGUGUCCAGCCUGAGCCCAGGAAGGGAAUACAGCAGGGGAUGGGGAUUAUAAGGGAAAUGGAUGGCAGACUGGUGAUGCUGCCUGUUGGGUGCUGCUCUCUAUAACAUGGGGCAGCUGCAGGGCCCCCCAGCUGCAGGUAUUACCAUGUCUCCUAGGGCUGGGAACUAUCGGGAUGAGCAGUGUUGCUGCUUCCCUAGGGAGCAAUGCCAGCUUCCUCCCAACCCCAGGGAGCACUGAGCUUCCUGCAGGGACCAUCCAUUCAGUUUUCCACACAAAACCUGUGCCCGAUCCAUAGCCUUGGAAGAUGCUGUGACUGAGGAGGCUGCAGGGGAGGAAGGCUUUGAUGAUGGGAAGAGGUUCCCCUCACUGGGCAGCCCAUGUCCCUCAGGGAUGCAGUGUCAUUCUCUUGGUCCUGGUUUGGGAUGCUCCCAGCCUGUGCCACAUUGGGGAUGCUCCUCACUAAUUUCCAUGGCUGGAAUUGGCAAGCUCAUCUAUUAUUGCUGCAAACAGCUUUCAAACAAGAGAGUGAUGGCUCAGUGUAUAACCUUGGGUUAAAUCAUCAUUACACUGACAGCUUGGGAGACCUAAUAUUUGAGUUUGCCUUUGUAGCUGUUUGCCUAUUUAAUAAAACCCCUGUUUUACAUACAAAUACACCCGUAUGCUCUCAAGCUCAUUGCAUAGAGCAGGAAGGAUCCCAGGGCUUUUCAGUAAGCAUUCACUUCCUAGUGUAUAUUCCUGGUCCCUGGCGCUGAAUUUGGGAUUGCAGGAAGGCAGGAGGAGAGGGGCACAGGCUGAGGCUUUAUGGCUGAGAUGGGAAUGUGAUGCUCUAAGCCUCUCCUAUGGGAGAUCUAAAGAUGCUCCUUGUGGGUUUCCCCCUUUAAG